GACGGUGUUUACCCUUUCAACUGGAAGGCCUUGCGCCUAAGCUUGAUAAAGACGAGCGAUAAUUGGUCUGGGCUACAUUCAGACCGACAACAACGCAUAUCGGACUAUCUUUCAGUCACCUCGCCGAAACGGAGCCUGUAGGCUGUGGUACGGUCACUGUUUGACUGUCCUGAGGUCACCGCGCUGUGCCCUCUGCGCAAUACUUUAAAUGUUGGCCGGCUCGCAUGCGGAGGCAGAAGCGAUACAGGACGGUACCUAUGAUGUUCUCUCACAAAAGCGUAUUCGUCACAUAACAUCUAUUCAAGUCCGUAAUCUGACCCCGUUUCCUGUCCGAGAUGAAUUUGCAUCCGCUCUCUCUCAGCCUUCAGAGCAGCCACAGUUUAGCACUCACGGCCAUCUAACCGACGAUUUGGACAUUUCUCUGACACUGAAACGAAGCCGCCGGGUGUCGGCUAAUUCAGUGGCGACUUUCCGCAGCAAGAAGUCUGAAGACGUGGUUGAAGGUCAGGGAUCAGGGGACAGCGCGGCAAUAUCCAGAGGAAGAACCAGAGCAGGUUCUCGCGCUAGCAGUGCUGGUGUUUCCAGUAAAUUUGCAUCCGGUUCUGCACCUACCAUUCGUCGACAUCGAGCGAGCUCUAACGCUUCGUCACUCGCAGCUACCUUAUCUGGUCCUGAUGUCUCAGCGCUGGCGUCAACUUCAGCUGCUCCAUAUAACACACUCUUUCAUAAUCAUACGCAAACUGAACUGGAAAGUGUCAUUCGAACACGUCUGGUCGAAACAUUCCUGUCCAUUAUAGUGCAUUCUCCUCAUAAUAAUGUGCCUGAAGACACUACUCCUUCUCCCUCCCCUCGGAGGCCAGCUGGUACCUUUCGUCCGCCUGUGUCUCGCGGUUCCUCUGGCUUGAAGACCAAGAAACUCAAUGGUGCCGAAAAUGUCAAGAGCCAUAGACCAACCAUCAGUAAUGUGGAGAGAGCAACAUAUGCGCCACGUACAGCUGUUCCUAAGUCUCUGUCAUCUACACACUUGAAGUCUGCCUCGACAUCGGCGCUGCGAACCAAUGGCCAGGCGCCACCACCUGUAACUAAAUGUUCCACUCCUUCCCCUCGGUCUCAGUCAGAAAGCCGUUCCUACCCUGUGCCAGAUUUCCUAUCCCCCAUUCACCCUCCUUCUACCAACCCCACGUUUCGAGUAGACCCUCAAAACGACUUUUCAACUUCGACUGAUAUCACUGGCGGAGACCUUACUGUCCAGGUUUGGGCUUGUAUGCCUGAGCGGAAGAAUGAUACCAGUGGUAAAGGAAAGGGCCGCCCGAUACCUGAUGAAACUGAAUGGAAGCUGCUGGAGACUUGGGACUUCAACCUGGAAGAGCUGAUACCAGUUCCAGAAGAUUUCUCACACAUAUCGCAACUGCCUUCAAAUACCCUGCUCAUUACCUUAGAUCCUCCAGGCCAUGAUUACUAUCUCUUAUCGACCAGGAUCCCUCGAAACAGGACACCGUCUCCUUCUGCGGGAUAUGCGUCCGAUCCAGAGACUGGCACACGAAGAGUCCGCCAUAUCGAGGAUAUAUUCUCCACCGAGACCCCAGUCAAUGCUGUUGUUUCUACUCCGAAGCGGUACAGGCGUGGUACCCGGCGCAAAUCCCAAUUAUCUGAAGACUACGUGCAAACAGCCAGCUGGCGAGACCUAUUCAAAUUGGUGACUCUUCAGGCAUGUAUUCACGACACAUAUUCAUCGUUAGAUGAAGUGGCUCGCAGUAUUGACAAGUUCAUGGAAGACGACGUCACUUUCAAACUGAGGCGCCGAGUCGAUGAAUGCGAAGCUCGCUUGGAAGAACUUCAAUCCAAUUUUCAGCACCUCCAAACCCUGCGGCAACAACGAGAGUGGGAAAUCAAAUCUCGUCGGGAUCGGCUAAGGCAACGCCGGGAAACACUUGAGCUGGCGAGAAAGCAGCUUUUGGAAGGGUCGGACCACUUGGACAGUAUAUCACAAUCUGUCAUAGAGGAACGGUCUCGUUUUGAUGUUCUACAAAAUCAAAUCAAGCCAACGCGGACAACAUUGCUUUCGACAUUGUCUUGGAUUUUCCCGAUUGAAUUGCGUUCACCUCCGGACCUACUGUACACCGUCCUCGAUGUGCCGCUUCCCAUACCUUUUUCCUCAAGUGACCCAGGACCUCCCCUAUUCCUGAUUUCCCACAAUGAUGUGAACGAAGACUCGGUUGCUACGGCACUGGGUUACGCGGCUCAACUCGUCCAAUUCAUCGCAGUCUACUUGGGCAAAGGCCUGGUGUACCCUGUAACUUUCGUGGGCAGCCGUAGUCUAAUCCGUGACGGGAUUUCUGCAAUGGUGGGACCGAGAAUGUUCCCCCUUUUCUCCAAAGGGGUAGAUACGUAUCGUUUCGAAUAUGGGGUUUUCCUACUUAACAAAGAUAUUGAAUUGUUAAUGUCUGAUUACGACCUUCGUGCUUUGGACAUGCGCCACACGCUUCCUAACCUCAAGAAUUUACUUUUAACACUGACCAAUGGCGAGGGAUUGCCCGUAGGUCCCUCCCGACCAUUUAAUUCACCUGCGUUGUCUGUCUCCGGAUUGGAGUCGCCUCGCUCGGAAUCUCCAGUGGGUGAGAGCCCCGCAACACCAAAGCCGGUCUACCAUGAGUUGCCCUUCGAUAAUUCAACGCCUCCUGCCAGCGGCUCAACGACACCGACUACUAUGGACGGAAUCAAGAAAGGACGAGCAUUCAUAAACCUUAACCCGUUGGCAGGUUUCCUUAGCCUGCGUUCUCGGUACCCUACGUCUCUGAUGGUGAAAAGUCCGUCCGACGGCGAAGGAGCUCAUGCAAACGGAAAUACCCCCGACGUAUCGUCGGAGGAUGCACAAGAGGAAGGCGGUGGCGUGCCGGAGGAGGAUGAUCGCCGGACUAUACGUUGCGAGAGCAAUGAGGGUGAGAGGGCGGAUGAGGAUAAGCGCGCUUCCAACGGGUACUGGCAUGGAGGCGAGUCGUCUGGCUCUCCGGGACCGGAGAAAAUUAAUGUGGAGGAAGAUCGGCAUCCGUCCCCAGCGCCUCCCACACCGUCGCCUCCGAUAGUAGCACAUGCGUAGAGUUAGAAUUUUACGAUCUACUUGAACGGAGGCCUUUAGUUUAUGUACAUUUUAUGGCGCGACACGUAC